CGGGCGGCGGUGGACCUUCGCUUCACCCAGCUCCUCAGCUUCCCCGGCGCUCGCCUCCCGCAGGUCCCUGCGUGUCGCCCAGCCCGGCCGGCCCGCGCCUCGGCAGCCGGGUGGUGGGGCCAUGGCGCGGCGGCGGCCCGAGGCUGGCUGCGGGGCCCGCGGCGCGCUGGUGCUGCUGGCGCUGGCCUUGUGCGCGCCCGGGGCCCGGGGCCGGGCUCUCGAGUGGUACUCGGCCGUGGUCAGCCUCGAGUACGUGGACCAGCAGACAAACCGCACGGUGUACAGCGUCUCGGAGAGCGGCCGCUUCGGCGACAGCUCGCCCAAGGAGGGCGCGCUAGGCCUGGUGGGCGUCCCGCGCGCCGUGGACGGAGACCCCAAGGGCUGCGCGCCCGACACGCGCUUCGUCGUGCCCCCGGCCGGCGGCCGCGGAGCCGUGCCCUGGGUCGCCCUGGUGGCGCGCGGGGGCUGCACCUUCAAGGACAAGGUGCUGGCGGCGGCGCGGAGGAACGCCUCGGCCGUGGUGAUCUACAACGAGGAGCAGUACGGGAACCUCACCGCGGCCAUGUCGCACGCGGGAACAGGAAAUAUAGUUGUCAUUAUGGUUAGCUACUCAAAAGGAAAAGAAAUUUUGGAUCUGGUGCAAAAAGAAAUUCAAGUCAAAAUGACCAUAGGGGUUGGCACUCGUCAUGUACAGGAGAUCAUCAGUGGUCAGUCUGUGGUGUUUGUGGCCAUCGCCUUCAUCACUAUGAUGAUCAUCUCAUUAGCGUGGCUAAUAUUUUACUAUAUACAGCGUUUCUUAUAUACUGGCUCACAGUUUGGAAGUCAGAACCAUAGGAAAGAAACCAAGAAAGUUAUAGGCCAGCUUCCGCUUCAUACUAUAAAGCAUGGAGAAAAGGGAAUCGACGUUGAUGCUGAGAAUUGUGCAGUGUGUAUUGAAAAUUUUAAAGUGAAGGAUAUUAUCAGAAUUCUUCCAUGCAAGCAUAUUUUUCAUAGAAUGUGCAUUGACCCAUGGCUUUUGGAUCACCGCACGUGUCCCAUGUGUAAACUUGAUGUCAUCAAAGCCCUGGGAUACUGGGGAGAGCUUGAGGAUGUCCAGGAGAUGCCCGCCCCAGAAUCAGCCUCGGAGAGUGUUUCGGCUGCAAAUUUGAGUGUUACUGUGCAAGACGAUGACAGAAGUGACAGGAGCAGUUCACCAUCGUCCUCCACGAGUGAGCUCAUGCCACAGGGCGAUGUGCAUUUCAAAGAAGAUGUGGGUGAAAACACAGCUUUACUAGAGAUGGGCAGGCGUGACCUUCAGUGCGGAGGACCUGUUUCCUAGCACGUUUGCCACUGACAGCGGCAUGGACAGAACUUUGAAUUAAAGGACAUUUUAUUUUUUUUACUUUAGCACAUAGUUUGUAUAUUUGAAAAUAAUGUACAUUCUUUUACCUUUCGUGUUUUGAUUUGAUAUACAAAGGGCUAAGAUAUUUUAUUCUUCAAGAGACUUUUUUCAUUAGUGUUCAUAUAUUUACUAAAGUGUAUCAUUUACAAUAAAUAACAUGUUACAGUCUGUACAGAGGAGGUGACUAGGAAGGCAUGAUAAUGUCGAGGAUGGGCAGUAUUUCUAAGCACUAGGCUGGCUACUGUGGUACUCAUAAACAGAUUACUUCUAUCUCAAGGGUGGUUUUAGACUAAGCACACUGAAUUUAGACUACUUGAAGUGGAUUGUGUUAUUAAAUCCCAUAAACUGACCACACCGAUUUUCCCUGAAAGACUUUUUUAGAAUAUUAAACUUAUAAGUGAGAUGAGAGAAAUCGACAGCUUUCUUGUGCGUUGGUAUUAUUUAGAGAUUUCAAAACCUGAGAACACUCUUUCAUUAUUGUAUUACCUAAUUUCUUGUGACAUUUUGAUGGGAAGUUUGUUCAUUUUUUUCAACAAAUAAAAAUGCAAAGAAUCUGUUUUACAUGAACAUUAAGUUAUCCGUUGCCUUGUUAGGAAGACGAAUAGACAGAGACUGAUUUUUCUUUGUAAAUAAUGACUACAAUAUUGAUUACAAUUUCAUAUUUACAAUUGUAAGGGUGAAAGGUGGAGAAUUUUUUAUUGUAACAAAUAAACAGGUAACCAGUUUUCUUAAUUAAUUUUAUUUAUUUAUUUUUUUUAUUUUUUUUCCAUUUUUUUUUUUG